UGUUAGCUAGUGGGUCGGGAUGUUAGCCUCUUUAAUGAGUUUCGAUUUUAAUUCUUCUACCUAAUCGGUAUAAUUUAUAACAAUGUUAAGAUACCCUAAUAUAAGCGCCGCUCCAAUGGCCGCUGUAAUUCUUUACAUUGACCGACUAAUGUCACUAUUAUUUCGUAAUAUUUCUGGCAUUAGCCACCAUAGCAGAAUGGCUAGCUGUAAUAAGUAGCUGUCAUGGCUAUGUCCUGCAGGACAGGAAUAUUGAAUGAAGGCAAAGGCACACACCCCGCAACUCCAACGGAAGGGCCGUUAUCGUAAUAACAGGAUGAAACAGAGGAGGGAGGGGGGGGGUACUUAAGCUUGAACAGGAAGGUUUCUGGUUCAUGCACAGAGCUUUGGAUGGAGAGAUGAACACACAUCUUAUUAUUUGAAAGAACAGGGUCACUCAAGAUGGUGAAGGUUCUGGAAGAUCUCGUGGCCAUGGUCAGGCAACACCCAGCCGGGCUCCCGCUGAGCAAGCUGGCUGUCAUCUACAGCCAGACCUACCGCAAGAACUUGACUUUAUCCAGACUGGGCUUUGACUCCAUGACCAGCCUGCUGUCCUCUCUGGAAAAGGAUCUGGUGGUGAAAGAAGAACUGGUGUUUCACAGGGACCAUUGUGGUGGAAGUCAGGCCACAGCUGGAGCUGAAUGUGGAGCUGCAGCUCAAAGUAAGGAAUCAGCUCCAAAAGCCAAGAAAAAAAAGGAGAAGAUUUUGAGGAGAAUUGUGAACAUGACGAAAGAACAUAUGGACGGGAUUCAUCUGGAGCUGCUGGCUGCAGAAUACAAAGAGAAACACAAAUGUGUACUGAACUUAUCCUCUGUGGGCUUCAGAACCGUUCCUGACCUGCUAGACUCUCUGAAAGAUGAGCUAGUUGUGGUGGGUGAUGUGGUGUACCAUAAGAAUCAUCAGCCUCAAAAUCAGCCUCGAGCUGGGACAUUAACAAAAGCUACAGCGGGCAGCAGGCCUGCCACACCGCGUACACCUGAAUCUCUAAUUAGGAGCAGUAGCCCUGCCCCUCGGGCGGUACCACAGCGGGAUGCCAGCCCUCAGGUUUCUCCUCUCCCUCAGGCAAGAAUGAACCUUCUUGGAUCUCCUUUGAUUUCUCCUGUUUCUUUAUCCUCCCCCCAUUAUAUUCCUGUUAUUCCACUUUUUACUGCACCCCAGCCAGCUGAGGAAUUGUCCCAAGAGCAGCUAUACGAGCGGAUCUUAGAGGUGACGAGGACGUACCAGCUGACGGCUCCGUCCAUGGAGCAGCUCCACGCCUGCUAUUCUCAGAAGUAUGACGAACAGUUUCCUCUUGCACAGUACAUGUCUCUGUAUGACAGCUGGGAGGCUAAGAAGCUGCCCGCUCAGGCUAAACCAACUGAUCCCAAGCCUGGUAUACGGCAGACCCCUGCAGCAACACAGAAUCCUAAACCUGAAAAAGACCAGGAACUCGGCUUCCUGUCUGCCUCUGACUUUCCCGCGCUGGGAGCAGCUUCAAGUUUGACCAGAGAGCAGAAGAGCAAAGUGAGGGAUGCUAACCAGAGGGAAGGCAGUGGCUUUAAAGAAGCUUAUUACGCGCAGCUCAGGGAGGUCCUUGGAGAUAAUAUGCGGGCAGUGGAGGCCAUGGAGGAGGAUGAAGAGGACCCCAAAGGGAGGAGGAGAAACAGGGCCAUGGACCAAGAUACCAUCAACAAUCUGAUGGAGGAUGUCAUACGCGAGAUCGCUAGGGAUGGAGAGCUGGUCACCAGAGAGAAGGUGAUAUCCCGGGUGUGCAGGCUGGUUCCUUCUUUGGACCCCAGAUGGAUAGAACGGCUGCCUCUUAAAGCUCUGAAAGAUCUCCAGUACCUCGUUAGAGAGAUCAACAUGUUCAUAGAGACCGCCACAGCAGUGACAUCCAUCUGUACCCUGUAUGAGCUGGGUCAGUCACUGGCCGGCCUCAAGGACAAGAAGCGCUACGAAGAGCUGAACCUCGGCCCCCUCUGCAAACUCCCACUCAUUCAUCGCGUGUUCAAGAUUGACAGCAACACGAAAGAUGACGAUAUCCACCAGGUCGAGACUGUGGACAUCUUAAAGCAACUUCGCAUCUUUAGGAGGAAGCAGAGCAAGAUAAAAGUGGACCUGGCUGAGUUUAUGAAGCAUCUGGCUGACCACUACAACUGUGAUUCUCCAUACGAGCUGGGCAUCAGGAUAACUGGCCUCGGCCUGCCCAUAUCAACACUAACGAAGGUCAGCCGCAAUGAGCACAGCAUCUUGGAGCAGGCUAGGGAGGUCAUUCAGAAAGAGCUGGAGGAGGAGACAUACGAGCGUCUGAGGAAGAUCAAAAAGAGCAUCUUGGAGCCGUUGCAAGGCGCGGCUUCCUUCUCCUCUGCAGGCAGCUUGGAUCUCAGGAAGAAGUAUGCCUCCAUGACAGCGGCCGAGGUGGUGCUGGCAGUCUUCACAAAUACAGGGCAGGUGUUCAGCCCUAGGAUGGCCAAGCACGUCCAGAACUUCCUGCUGCAGGUGUCAGGUGAUCGGCUGUCCACAGCUCUGUUUCAGCUGGCCAUCUGUGGAGGAUCCCUGGCUGUUCCACAGGACCUAGUGCCUAAAGACAAGACCUCCAAACCCACAGAGAACACUAAAACAGAGGACAAAUCCACCAAAUCUCUCCCAAGUGAAGCCAAACUGAAGCAGUAUCUGAAAGACAGACUGGCUGCUCUGAGCUCAGCUGUCACUUUGGCACACAUUGCUUCUAUGGAGAAGAAAGUGUCUGAACACUUCCAUGUGAAGGACUUCCUUUCUUUAGAGAAAGGCAGCUUCCUGGAGUUUCUGCUGAAAAACAUUCAGUUGCUGCAGGACACAGUGGGGUCCACCCUGAUUCUAGGCAGCAGCAGCAUGGAACGAGCUGGCAGUGGCUUCAGACCCUCCAUACAAGACGUGUUUGAGUUCAUCAAACAGUGCGGCGACAUCACCUCCACUGAUCCCGAUGAACUCUCCCACAUUGAGUCGGCACUGAGGUCCCACUAUGGGGUCCGGGACAGUCGCGACUUGGGGCACGGCUCUCUGCACAGGCUGGCUGACCUAGUCCAACGCCAAAAAGGGCUGAUUGGAGGAGGACUGAGCCCAGUCUGCUAUGAAUUGGCCCUGUUCUCCAAACAAGGCAAAUCAAGUGCCGAAGGUGGAUCUGAGUCAGUGGGACGGCUUGGUGAGAUGUCCAAGGCCCAGGCCCUGGCCAGCUUGCUCUCCUGCCCCCUGCUGGAGGAUUUAAGUGAGUGGAGCCAAUGGGAGCUGAUCUUCAGACCCCUUCAUGGUUCCCUCAAGGAAUUCAUUGAAAAAAAUGCAGCUAAUACAGGCCUAGCAGCAUUAGAGGUGACCCCCGGUUUGCUGCUCAGGAUCACCACAGACACAGGAGACAAGCACUUCUCCAGCGCCGUCGCGGCCCUCGACCCCGUGGGCACAGCCGGCCACCUCGUGUCCAUGGUGGUAGCUGACGGGAUAGACAACGCUCCCACAGCCCUCCUGAGCAACCACAUGCAAAGCUCUCUGGCAGCAGCCGUGGCCAAAGAAGAUUUGUCCCUGGCUGAAGAGGAUGUGUCGUGUUACAGCAAAGUUGCCAAAUUCCUCCUGGCAUGUUUCACGCGAAUCCCCACCAGAACCUGUCAGGCUCUUCUGCAGCAGGUGUUUUUGGAGCCUUUCGCUCGGGUUCUGGGCCAGGCCAAAUCUAAACAGGUCCUGAUGACCGUGGCUCAGUCGGACCCGAGGCACACGAACUGCCUGCAUCGGCUGGGCAUCCUCCUGGGCGUCACAGACUGGGUCAAAGACUACCAGAAAAAGCUGGACCCCCAACACAGCCGAAACUAUAACCCAUACUCAGUACCUGUGGACCAGGUCAAGUCUCAUCUGACAGAUUCUGAGUGCAGCAGUCUGUCAGCUCUCAACAUGAGUGAAGAUGAGUUUCCUGAGGAUAAUAUCAUGGACAGCAGCUUUGAGUCCUCCCAGCUCUCCCAGAGCCUGAAUCAAGUUAAUGGUGAGCAAGACAUAGAGAUUGAGGAGGAAGAGGAUGAAGAGCAGCUGUAUGAGUUGGCCUCGCUGCCUAACGGAGAGAUAUCGGACAUCAGCAGCGAAGCCGAAGGAGGGCAGGGCGAGGAACAGCUCAGGAUGUCCGAUGGAGAAGAAAAGGACGGUGACGGCUGUGAGUCAGAGGACACGUCCCAAAGAGCCGUCAUUGAAGACAUCAGGAAAAGUGAGUUUGGCAUCGGGGUGGAACUGACAGCUGAAGGCCAGAAACUGAUGCAGGUCCACCAGGAUAGACUGGGCCGCAGCUUAGACCGCCUCUCCACCGAGCUCUACAGCAAGGACACACACUUUGUCCUGGAGCUCAUUCAGAAUGCCGACGACAACAGUUACCCACCGGAGCACGGCGUCGUUCCAGCGCUCGCCUUUGUGGUGGAGAGAGACUGCGUCACUGUCCUCAACAAUGAGACCGGCUUCCAGGAGAAGAACAUUAGAGCCAUUUGUGAUGUAGGCCGCAGCACUAAGGGCAAACACAAAUAUGGAUACAUUGGACAAAAGGGCAUCGGCUUCAAGUCAGUGUUUAAGGUCACAGACUGUCCUGAGAUUCAUUCCAACGGCUUCCACCUGCGCUUUGACAAGAACUGUGGCCCCAUGGGAUACAUCCUCCCCCACUGGACCGAGGAUAAGAGGCUUCUGGAUGUACAGCUGACGGACAUAAACCAGCACAGCUGGACCACUAAGAUCAGCCUCCCACUUCGGUCUGAGUGUCAUCAGACCAGAAACCUGUUUCAUGACGUGCACCCGUCGCUGCUGCUCUUCCUGCACCGCCUGCGCUCCAUCACCAUCUACAGUCAGAGCGAAAAGCGUCACGUGAAAAUGACUCGUAAAGAUCUCAGUCACAACGUUCUGGAGGUGGAACACACGGAGGGUACUGAGCGCUGGCUCGUGGUCAAAACCACACUGAAGCACACAACUAAGAAGAUCAAAGAGGAUGUCGAGUCGACCGAGAUCGCUCUGGCUUUCCAGCUUGGCGGCGACUCCGCGGGAACCAACGUUGUGUGCCAGCCGCAGAAGCAGCCCGUCUUCGCUUACCUGCCCCUUCGCAGUUUUGGCUUCCGCUUUAUCAUCCAAGGCGACUUUGACAUCCCUUCUUCUCGUGAGGACGUUGACAGAGACAGCUCCUGGAACCAGUGGCUUCGGUCUGAAAUAGCGCAGCUCUUUCUCCAGGCCAUGGACGUCUUCACGGAUCACCCAGAGUUCAAGGGGCUGAAGGGCCUGUGCCAGUUCCUGCAGUUUAUCCCCCUGCCUGAUGAGAUUUUGGACUUCUUCAAACCUGUUGCCGGGCAGAUUAUUCAGCUGCUCAAGGGGAAGGCCUUCCUGCCUACACUCAGCUCAGAUGGAAAGAUUGUGUACAAACUGCCCUCCCAAGUGGCCGUCUGUCAGGACACCGUGAUCCGCGACGUGAUUGGUGGGGACGAGUUGGAAAAGCAUCUCUCGCUGUCCUAUCUGCAUCCAGGUCUGAUCCCUGCACCGCCCGCCUCCCUGCUCACUCACCUGGGAGUGCGAUACCUGCGGGGAUCGGAUGUUACCACAGUGACCACAGCCAUGGCCAAGGAGCUGAUGACAGUGGGAGGUAUCCAGUCAGAUGAGGGUCUGCGUCAGCUAGCCAGGCUGCUGGUCUGUAACUUCCGAGCUCUGGAGCACGGAUACGGAGAGGCAGAUUCCAUCCUGCAAACCCUCAGAGAGCUAUCCAUAAUCCCUCUAGCUGAUGGACGUGUGGUGGCACUAAGUGGGGAGGGAGUGUUCUUCCCAAUGGAAGAAAACAAGACCAAGAAGAAGAAAGCUCAGGCUCAGACAGGACCGCUGUCUGCGUUGUACAAGGAUGUCAGCGUGGUUCACCCCUCCCUGCUGAGCUGUUUGGAGCCUCUGGAAAGUCAGCAGGUCCGUGAGCUGCUCAGAAGACUCGGGGUUCAUGAACUAGAGCCUCAGGAGCUGCUGGAGCAGCACAUCUACCCUUCAAUAAGGAGCAACAAAUGGAAGUCGAAGCCUCAGUCUGUGGUUGUGAGUUACUUGGUUUUCAUCAAGCAGCAUUCCUCCUCCAGCCAGGAGUACUCGGAUACCGCAGUACCUGUCCUCACCUCCAGGGGUCUGCUGUGCCCGGCCAGCGAGAAGGUGCAUUUCUCUGAGGAGUACGGAAACAUCAACCUGCCACAGAAACUGCCUGGCUAUGACUGGACCUUGCUGAGUCCCUGCUAUGUGGAGACAGAUGGUGAUGUGGCAGGAUGGAGGGAGCUGUUCAGCAAACUGGGAGUCAGAGACGGUCUCAUCAUCUGCAAACAAAGACAAACUUUCACUGCUACAGAACUGGCCUCCAGUCCCUGGUCAGUUGAAAGUGCAUCAUGGCGCCAAGUCCCCGGGGAGGGCUAUGUGCUCGAUGACUACCCCUGUGAGGAGUUUCACGCCCUGGCCACAGCUGAGCUGCCUGGCUCCCUCCUGUUGCGGCAGAGAAUGGCUUUGCUGGAGCUGCUGGAGGCCAACUGGGAAACUGGACAUUGCUACUCUCAGUACCUCACAGCCCAGGUGAUUGACAGCGAUGGGCAACCAGUCAAAAGCACCAAGUCCUCCUUCUACCACUUCUUGGGUCGUCUUGAAUGGGUGCCGGCCUACCGCCCACAGCAGGGAGACGAGCAGGAAAGGAAGUAUCUCUGUCCAAGCUCCGUCUACCUGUCGUCACCUGAAGUCACCAACCUGCUGGGGACCCACGUCUACUAUGUGAACAUUGGCUCCAGCGAGUUCAGCAGAAAACUUGGGAUGAGAGAAACCAUCUCAGUGGAUGUUGUGAUUAACUACCUGAAGGAGUGGUGUGUCAAACCAAAGGAAGAUGCCGAGGAGCAGAGACUCCCCGAGGAUGAGUCAGAAAGGGCACAAUUCACUUCCACAGUUCAGCACAUCCACAAUGUCUACACCUACCUGCAACAAAACUGUCCCCAGAGCAGCCUGAAGGAGCUCUUCCAGCAUACACCUGCUGUAUUCAUAGAGUACAACAGGCAUAAUGAUAACUGGUGCUCUGGACGCUUCUACCACCUGAAAGAAGUCUGCUGGAAUGACCCAACGCGCAUGUUCCAGCGCUACAAAGAGCUCACUCGCAGACCAGACAGCCCCAUCCAGGAGCCCAAAGUCCUGUUACCUUUCUACAAUCCACUGGAAGGCAUGAAGGACUUCUUCCUCAGACUGCUGAAUGUGGAUUUCGGCCCCAACAUGAAGCAGUAUGUCGGUUUGCUGGAACUGAUCUGUUCGUCCUGUCCCGUACCGACUGCCGAAGUGCUGCAGGACGUAUCGGUGCUCUACGCCAGACUCGCUGAAAAGUGUAAAGUUCAAGUGUCUGGAGAUCAGGAAAGAGCCCCUCAGUCCAAACUGGAUCAAAGUUACUGCUCCACUCUGAAAGGUAUGAUGUCUGAUAAGAAGGUCUUCCCUACUAAGGAUAACAACUGGGUGAGUCUGGCACGUAAGCCUAUGAUCAGUGACAGCAAAGAGCUGGAGAAGAUCUUCAAACCUCAUAAGCAGGUGCGUCUGCUCAACCUGCCCCCAGCAGAGAAGAAGACCGCUCCCAAGAACAAGACGGGGAACUCCGACUCGGCAGAACAAGCUGCAUUCAGCGAGAAAGACAGAAUCCUGUUUCUGGAGAUCUGUGGUGUCCAGCGGCUCUCCAGAUGUGUCAAGCGUGACCCUCAGACUGAGAACCUGAGGCCCUGCCCAUCCAUGCAGAACCUGGUGCGCUGGAUUGUCCCCUACAUUCAGAGGUUCCUCUACCACAAUGACGAGCUGAAGGAAGUCUAUUCAGAGCUCACUUACAGAAACAUAGCAGGAAAAAUCAAGCACCUCUACUUCGCACAGGUGGGUAAGCUGUACAUUCGCUACCAGCUGGAUGUUGCUGACAGUGAGGACCCUGUGAUAGAGCUGCAGGAUGUCAUCUGUCUGCUGAAGGAUGAGAAAGAGCUCUACAUCCAGAAAGACAACCUCUCAGCUGACCUGGAAAUCAGCAGGGAGCUGGUGAAAAUGUUUUGCACAGAGAGCAGCCACCAAAAGGAGCUGUCGCAUUUCCUGAGUGGCCUGAUAACCUUGCGCGGUGACCAAAGAGCCCUGAAGAGAUACUUGGCCAAAGAGGACAUCAGUGAGCUGCCCAGUGAGGAAGAACUGUGGGAGGUCCCGGAGCCCCCCAAACCAGAGAUUCCUCUAGAACGAGUUAUAUCAGGGAGUUACUCCUCCAUCAGCUCCCCAGUGGAGCCACCUCACCCUUCACAAGAGGACGGGGAACAGACACUGGUCUGCUGGCCUCCUCGCGCACCGAUACAGAACACAGGAGGCAGUCGAGCAGGACUUCAGGGAGACAGCAGAGUGGUGGAAGCUGUCAUGAAGAUGUGGCCUCCUCCAGCUGGACCUAAAGAACAAGACCCAGAGAAGGAGGUCGCCCCCAGAGGAAGCAGCCACGAGGGAAACCACCCACUCAGAAGCAGCAACAUCACCAACAGACCUGCAGACCAGCCCAGCCUGCACAGGGUUCUAAGUCAUCCGGAGCAAGCUAACACUGCUGCUGCUGUGAUCACCAGCACCCCACGGCCUCCAGCAGAGCGCAGCCAGCAGAGUGAGAGCGCCGAGUCUGACAGAGCUGAAGGUGGAGAGAAAAGCCUGGCAGCUCCCAGACCAGCACCGAGUCCUCCGUCUGAACCACCUGCUGAGGCAGCCAACGGCCAACACAGCACAAACAGCCUCGCUGCCCCUGAGGCUGUGGUGCUUUCUGGUACUUUCCAGGGGACUGCAGCUGCUGCAGAGACGCGUCCUCCUCUGAACCUGGACUUCCCUCUGUGGAACAAAGCCCAGCCCCCACAUGCCACACUUGAGGACAUGGAGCUCACCUGCCAGAGACCCACAACCGUGGUAUUAUCAGACGACACCGUGGAUGUGGCUGCGAUCGGUGAAUGGGGGGAGCAGCUGGUCAAGUCCUUCCUGUGUCACUGGAGAGACAGCAGUGACCCCGGGCGACCCACGUGCGUCCUGUGGUGCAAUGAGAGCGGGGAGACCGGCCAGCCCUACGACUUCAAACUCACCUUCGGCUCCGCGGGGGAGUCUGCGGUGGUGUACGUGGAAGUGAAGUCGACUAUAAAGAAAGAGAAGUCGUUCAUCCACAUGUCUGCUAACGAGCUGGACUUUGCACUGAAGGAGAAGGAGCGCUACCACAUAUUCAGAGUGUACAGCGCCGGAGAUGCUCAGAACGUGCGCCUGUGUCGCAUUCAGAACCUGGCGCAGCAUCUCCACACUAAAGACUUGGCUCUUUAUCUGUUUGUGUAGCUCCUUUUAAAACCUGUAGAGAUAUUUGCACAAUAACAGCCCAAACAAACUGCCUGAAAUUAUUUUGUUUAAGUGUUAAUGUUCAUUAUAAAUGCACUGAUUUUAGGUCUUUUAGCUGUGUAUUGUCUAGUGUGUGUUUAAUGGGUUACCUGCUUGUGAGCAAAAGACACACGUUGCUCUUUCCUAAACUGUUUUCAGCAUUCAGUGAAGUUAAGAAAUGUGUUAACCUUUUUUACUCUUCGUACCAUUCCUUUAUUUCUUUGAAAUAAAUAAAACAAAGUGUUGUCUUAAA